AUGUAUCUUACAGAUAUCAACGGCAGCCACGAGGAAAUCCAGUGGAUGUUUCCACUGAGAAGGUAUGCGAUGGAAAAUUGGCCCCGCUAUGCUGCUUUGGCUCAGGACUCCUCUGUUGUAGUACAAGCCACUGUUGAAUUCCUGGAGGAGGAAGUGACGUUCCAGAGAUGGACAGAAUUAUAUGUGGAUAACGGAAUUUGGAAUAAUGGUUCAAGCUCGAAAAGAGCUUCCAGGCUCUACUAUGCUUGCCUCAAUGGCCUUACAAACACGGCUAGAGAGUUAAUCAACCAUGGACAGGAUGUUAACGCACGAAACGGCAACAAUGGCACAGCUCUCCACGCAGCCUCAAAAAACGGCCAUCAAACAACCGUUCAACUACUAUUGGACAGGGGAGCCCAUGUCAAUACCCAAGGCGGUGACUAUAGCACUGCUCUCUAUGCCGCCUCAUUUGGAGGUUAUCAAGAGGUUGUUGAACUACUUCUAAGUAGAGAAGCCGAUAUCAAUAUUCAAGGCGGCUCCUAUGGUACUGCCCUUCAAGUCGCCUCAUCACAAGGCUAUCGAGAUAUCGUUCAACUUCUUUUAGAAAAGAAAGCUGAUAUUGAUAUACAAGAUGGCUACUUUGGUACUGCUCUCCAAGCCGCCUCAUAUGAAAACCAUCAGAAGAUUGUUCAACUACUAUUGGACAAGGGAGCCGACGUUAAUGUAAAAGGCGGCAGUUAUAGCACCGCUCUCCAAGCCGCCUCGUCAGCAGGUAAUAAAGAGAUUGUUCAACUGCUUCUAGAUAAGGAAGCUGAUGUUAAUACACAAGGUGGUAUUUACAAUACAGCCCUCCAGGCCGCCGUGAUGAAAGGGUGGCGAAACUCUCGAAGUCCACUGCUGCCAUUUGAGGGAUGGGACGAUAUGGACCUAGGUAUUAGCACAAAUACCGCUCGUCGAGUUGUCUCCUUGAAAGAUUAUCAAGAGAUUGUUCAUCUAUUAUUGCAAAAGGGGGCUGACAUCCAUAUACAAGGUGGUGACUAUGGUACCGCUCUCCAAGCCGCCUCAGAUGGCGGCCAUCAAGAGCUCGUUCAGCUGCUAUUGAAUAAGGGAGCCGAUGGCAACGUUUAG